GACGUAUCAAACAGCAAUAGUAAGAAGACUAUUGGAAACUUUCUCUCUGGCUCUUUCUGUAAGUGUUUCUCACACUCUCUCUCUCUCUCUCUCUCUCUCUCUUUCUCUCUCUCUGUUUCUCUUCCCUCUUCCUCUGCUCUGUGGUAUAAAUACUGAGAGCAAACAGCAACAGCAUAGGCUUAACCACGUACUUUCAUCUGUAACACAGCAAUGCUGCGCUGCUUCUUGUCUUAUCUCUAAUCUCUCGGAAUAUAACAGACUAACAAAUGGCGACUCUUUUCUGGAUGUUCCUGAUGCUGUAUCCGUUUGCGGUUUAUUCUCAAAGUGGGGAUGAUGGAGAGACCAUUGACACUGACUGCUGGUCGUUGAUGUCAGUAAUACAGUGCAGUCUAGUCUGUGUCCUGGAUGAGGAAGAGCUCGACAAUUGUGAGAAAUCUGCAACACUUUGUGAAAACACCAAUGUUGAUUGUACUAAUGCAACUAUGGAAAAUAACAGAUUCAUUUUUGGGAAUCUGACUCCUGUUUCAAUUUAUAAACUUCACAUUCGCUUACAAGGAGGGCGACACCAAACACAAGAGUUUACUUUGGAGAAAAUAGUUAAAAUUACAACUCCUGAGAUUAAAGAUGCUAUAUAUAAGCUUGAUGAGGUGAUCAUAGACAUAAGAUAUAAGCAUGACUUUGUGGAUAGCCCUGAUUUCGAAGUGGAAUUCUGGGGAAACCAUACCGGCGUUAAACAGAAAGUGAUAGUGAAAUACAAACAACUGACCAUAGGUGGAGAAAAGCUGAGAGACAAUGAGAUAUACAGCGUACGCGUCAGAGCCAAACCUGUGGGUUAUUUUGAUGGGCACUGGACCGAGUGGAGCAAGGUGAAGAGCUUUACAGUGAACAACGUUCCAGAGAAGGGUGUUCCUUCUGUUCUGUACAUCCUCCUCUGCCCAGUUCCCAUUGUGUUGACUGUGAUCGUGUUUCUUAUCCACCGAUGGAAGAAAGAGAUACAGACCUGCAUUUUUCCAGACGUUCCAGGCCCGAAAGACACACUUGCCCAAAUCCACAAACAAAAGCUGCAUUUACCUGUGAGUUUCAGUCCGGAAAUCUUCAAGGAUUUCAACAUUUAUCCAGUGGUUUACACUGAAGAGAAGCAGUUCAGCCCUGAGUUUAGUGAUGAUCAGGGUGAUGCCACAGAGUCCUGCGAUGAAGACGUGGCUUUGGAAUCUUCUCGGACCACUUCAGUGUGUGAAAAGCAGAGCGAUGAUGACCAAAGUUUGGAUUCGGAGACAUCCCAAAAGCUGUUGGAUGAACAUGCAUCUGCUGAGGACGUACACAAUAACCCCGGCUGUCAAAAUGUAGCAGCUCUACAAAGACAUUCUAAGGAUGAGACAUAUGUCACCAUGUCCAGCCUCUACAAAACUCAGUGAGAUGGGGAAAUGCACGACAGGUAAAUCUCCUACAGUUAGCUGCUCUUUUUCCCCACUAUAUAACAGAUUUAAUAAUCCACUAUCGCUCGCUGCUAAUUUCCUCUGAAUGUCUCAAAACUCGAACUCCAAAUGCUUAACAGUGUGGCUUGAUUUCCUUUUUUGUGCGUGCCAGAAUGAGCCUUUAUACCUACUAAUAUGAGUCAGCAAAUUAAAGAACCACUGAGAUAUAUGUAGGUGGAGAAAUGUUGGCGCUGAUUCUUGUAAGAGAAACACAUCAUCUGUAAAACCACCAGUGUUUAAAGUUGAGCUCAUGCAAAAGUUUAUUACUGUUUGGCCUAGCAACCUACAAAGACAGCGAAACAUUCGUGUAUCUAGAGAAGCUACUAGCUAUUUCGUUAUCUGUAGAAUUUCGUAUAGCUAUUUUGUGUAUCUAUAGCAGCUACUAGCUUUUAGUGGAUUUAGCUUUUCUUGAUGUACAAAAAAGUAUUAAUCCCUUAACUUAUAUCUGACAAUUGACAGCAAAUGACUCAAAGACCACCCAGAUGUUUACAUGCAUCUUUUUUCUUUUCUUUUUUUUAAUUAGCUGACAUGCUAACAUCAGUAAUGUAGCUUCAAUAAUGUACUUUCGGUUUGGUUAUGACACGUUUCUAAUAUAGUUUGCAAUACAGCUAUCAUGAGCUUGAGCCUAAGCAUAAGUAUUAUUCUUAGCAACUAUUCAAUUAACUACAGUGAUCAUUUUUUUUCAAAUUUGUUAAGUGAAACUUAUAAAGUAGAAACAUGAACUGUUUCUUUUUUUUUCCCUUGGGGGAACCCCAGACACCAUUUUAAAGGCCAAUCUAUCACUCUAUUUGCUCAAUUGGUUUGAAAUGUAGGAAGUAAAAGUGCACAGGAUGUAACGGGCAAUCUUGUUUUUUGUUUCAACCUCUGACACAUUCUACGUAGAAGCGCCGUUUUAUCCCCCAGGUUACAUUUUGAAUGUAUUUCUCUUCAACUUAGGGGCUCUAUAUUGUAUGUAUGUGACUUCAGCAUGUAAAACUACACUGUACUGCAUCAACUCAGCUACUACUGAAUUGGCUUUUCCAAGAGAAGAACAGCAUGUAUGUAAAUGUAAGAAAGCAGAUCUUAAUUACGAUCACAGCAUCCCAAAGUUACUGUUAGCAUUUUUGGAGUUCAGUCUUUCACAGACAUUAGCACUGAUUAAUCAUCACUGCUGAUGACAUAUAGCUGCUAACUCAGUAAUUCCAAUAUACAGUAUUUCUUCUUUUUUUGUGUAUGAUUCAUUUAGUCAGACAGGAAUGUACUCCCACAGCUGCACAGGUAGCAAAGAAUGAAUGGCAUUACUUUUUUUAACUGCUAUAUUUUUUUUAGAUAUAUAAAGUGUAUUUGUAUCCUCCUUACAUGGGCCUCAUUUAUCUUUCAUCUACCAUAGAUAAAACAUUUCCUCUUUUUUACAGGGUGCCAUACUUUUGUCCUAAUUGAACAGCUAGACUUUCAAAUACUCAUCAAUGUUUUAUCUUCAUUUAUGGAUUUGUUUUUGAUCGGUAGCAUUCAGGUUAUUAAUAUGAAACAAACUCAGAAGCUCCAAACAAACUGGAUAUUCAUAAAUACCACAUUUCAUGUGUAAAUGCUGCCUGCAAACCAUUAACAAAAAAAUCAUCAUAUCUUGCUUAAUAAAUGAGGCCCACUCUGUCCAGUUACCUGUAAAAAUAAAUAAAUAAAUAUAUACAUAUUA